GAAAAAGAGAGCGAGUGACCAUGUGGAACACACAGUCCACCAUGCGCGCCUUGUGGAGGAGAUUUUUGUCGAAGGGGGAGGCUGAGACGCUCCUGUGUCUGAGGAAAGGCGCCGGCAAGGCGUCCAUCAGGGCGGCCCUCCGUUUUGUGUCGGCAGCGGGGGCGCAUCCCGACAAGGGCGGCAGCGACCAGCAGGCACAGCAGCUGCAGAAGGCCCGGGACCUCCUCCUGAACCACAAGGACACCCCCGACACACCGCGGCAGCCUGAGGACAUCCCGUGCCUCGUCAAGCCGCUCACGUGUCUGCGGGAGCGCCAGGAGAUCUGCCGCCUCUGCCAAAGCCGCAUAGAGGCAUGCAUGCGCUGAGAGAACUUCUCAUGUCGUGUGCACAACAGUCGAGAGCGCCGCUCACUCCUCUCCUGUUUAUGUGGUGCCUUGCUUUAUUGCAGAAGGAGAAGCGCCGCAUGAAGAAGGACGAGGAGGAGAUCCAAUUCAACCUCGCCAGCACCAUGGUCCCUCAGGAAGGCGCCCUGCCCACCAUCCGCACGACGCCACCGACACGCAGCGGCGCUCUGCCAACCUCCCACCCCGAGCCGGCCUCCCACACCAAGGCCACCACCAGCCGCACCGACGCCGGCACCACACAGGAGGACGGCGUCAUCGAGGGAGAGGAGGCCGCCAUCGGCGGGACGGGCUGCUGCAGCGGCAGCUGGGGUUGCUGGAAGUUCUUCGAGAUCCUCCGCGACCCCUUCGGCUGCUGCUGCCCCACCACAGCCCACUGAUGGGCUGUUGCUGGCGGGGGCGUGUUGUUAGGCGCGACCCCCCAGCAGCAGCCCAUCAGGAAUGACUAGACGGUACGGACACCACACACAAACAGACAGAGAGAGACAGACAAGUGCACUCCUACCUGCCAUACACACCAACCUGUGGGUGCUUGCUCUUGUGGCCUGUGUCUGUUUGAUCUGUCACUCAAUCAGUGUUGUCGUGUGUAUCGGGUUCUGAGCAAGGUCAACCGGGGCGAGGGUGGCGGGGCCUCGCCUGCGUCCUCCCUGCAGUCGAGCUUCAACGAGCCCUUCGCCAAGGUGCUUAACGAGGUGUGCCUGUCGUUGCGGACAGGAGACCCUCAGAGGGGCGGCACUCACCAUCUCGAGCGGCUACCUGCGGUCGGCAUCGG